AUGGCGAACCGUGGGGCAAGUCAUGAUGCCCGGGUUCACACCAUCGGGGAUUUGAAGGAGUUGGGGAGUAACAAGCUUCCCAAGAUGUACAAAGACUAUUUCAACGAAGGAGCGAUGGACUUGAUCACGCUGAGCGACAACGAAGCCGCCUACAACCGGUAUAAGAUCCGGCCGCGGAUCCUGGUGAACGUGGAUAAUGUCGACACGCGGAGCUCGCUGUUUGGGAUCGAGACGGCGCUGCCGCUAGGGUUCAGCCCGGCCGCCAUGCACAAGCUCGCCCACCCGGACGGCGAGCUGGCCACGUCGCGAGCCGCCGCCGGGUUCGGCAUCUCCAUGGGCUUGUCGUCGUACGCGACCGAGUCCAUGGAGAAUGUGGCGUCCCAGGGCUUGGGGAACCCCUACUUUAUGCAGGUGUGCGUUUUGAAGGACCGGUCUACCACGCUCGAUAUUUUGCGGAGGGCUGAAGAAAAUAACGACGCGGACAGAUUCGCGUUCGACGCGUCGCUCGACUGGGAGACGACCAUCCCCUGGCUGAAGGCCAACACCAAGAUGCAGAUCUGGCUCAAGGGUGUGUACACAUCCGAGGACGUCGCUCUUGCGGUCGAGUAUGGAGUUGAUGGUGUUGUUGUGUCUAAUCAUGGCGGGAGGCAGCUUGAUGGUGUGCCUGCUACGCUGGAUUCGCUGCGCGAGUGUGUGGUUGCGGCGGGGGGAAGGAUUCCCGUUGCUAUUGAUGGGGGCAUAAGAAGAGGGACGGACAUUUUCAAGGCCUUGGCGCUGGGGGCAUCGCACUGUCUUGUCGGCCGAAUUCCGAUCUGGGGAUUAGCUUACAACGGUCAAGCUGGCGUCGAGCUAGCUCUCAAGAUCCUCACUGACGAGUUCAGAAUUUGCAUGGCAUUAGCAGGUUGCCGGACCAUCAAGGACAUCACCCGCCAACAUAUUACGUUCCUCAAUUCAGAAGGAAUACUAGCCAAGCUAUAG